CACUGUGUCCACACAGCUAAGAACUGUCCAGCCCCAUCUGAAUUCAUCCUGUUGAAGAUUGCUGCCUAGCCACCUGAAGAGCCUUAAGGAAAACCUGUCAGAAAGCCUUGUGCACAGACCCAGAACAUCCUCAUGGCGUUACCAGUGUUAAGCAUCGCGGACAACAUAACUACCAUCAUCACUAACGAAGUGGGCAGAGAUGACCUGAAGCUCUUGAUAACUGAAGAUGGAGUCUGGAAGGCGUUUGUGGCAAAAGCAGCAUUGUCAAGCGAGGAGGAAGCUGCCCUGCGUGAUGCACUGAAGCAGCAUUUAGCCCGGGAGCCUGCAGAUGAAAAUGAUGAAACAGAAAAGAGGCAGCGGAAAAAAAAUUUUCUGAAAGAAUUUCCUGAGUUGAAAAGGAAACUUGAAGAACACAUCAGUAAGCUCCGAGCUCUGGCUGACCAUCUUGACGAGGUGCACAAGGGCUGCACCAUCUCCAAUGUGGUGUCCGGGUCCACCGGCAUCGCAGCCACAAUCGCUGGAUUCCUUCUGGCACCCUUCACAGGAGGGGUCUCUCUGGCUAUCGCAGCGGCAGGUCUAGGAGCAGCAUCAGCUGCGACUGGUCUCACCACUACCAUUGUGGAAGAAUCCAUCAGAGGGUCAGAUGAAAGUGAAGCCAGGCGGCUGGUUGAAGCCAGCAUGGACAUAAUGAAGAGAAUUUUGAAGAUCAUGCCUUUGAUCACAUUGAAAGUUAGUAGUAAGGGUAUGGAGUUAUUUUGUGCCUGGAAAACCAUCAGGGAUCAUAUUCAAGCCAUCAGGACAGGCAGAAUCAGGAACUUCACAACGUUUAGAGACGGUAUUAGGCAGUUGAGGAAUCUCAUCUCACACGAUAUUCCCCUAGGAACCAGACUAGCCAGGAUUGGAAAAGGAGUCGGUAAUGUUUCACUAUUUGGAUUUGAUGUGUAUAACCUUGUGACUGACUCCAUAGAUUUACACAAUGGUGCAAAGACAAAGUCGGCGGGAGCGCUACGGGAGGUGGCUAACAAUCUAGAAGAGAGGUUGCGUGAAUUUGAGCAGCACCACAAGGAUCUACAGUCAUUCUAGCCUCAGUGAUCCCUCCACCAAGCAGUUAAGAGUUCAGGGGAAAUAACAUGUACAGGGUUGGGGACAAGGGGGGGGGGAGAACCAUACCAUUACAAGGGAAAUAACGCAUGAUCAAGUCUAUGGACCUGAGGGUUGAGGAGUUUAUAUCUCCGGCUGACCAGAGCAAGGUCAACGCAGUGCUUUAAGAAGAUGAGAACUGGAGUCUAAAAUAAGGGGCCAGAAUGCCUAGAGAAUGGACUAGGACUGCAAUACAGAGGGUCUGAUAUGGAGAGCAGUACACGAACAAGCCAUGAGAACCUAGGAAACCUGGAGAGCUGAAGAUGGGAGAAAGCCACAGUGGAAGCUGAAGCCAGAGCAGGGGAUCACAUCCCAUUCCCUGAGGGCAGGGUCCCUAUGACCUCUAGUUGAUUCUUCCCAGCAUCAGCAAGAUCAACUCACCCUUGUGUCUUCUAGGAAGUAAUGUCUGGAUAGUGAUAGUGAUGGUGAUGAUGAUGGGGAUGUAGAUGAUGUUGAGGAUGGUGGUGGUGACAGCAAAAAAGAUGGAGUUCUUGAGAAGUAGUCAGUCCUCCAGGGGGACAGGGUCAAAGUGAAUGUCUAUGCUGUGCUGUGUCAUUAUUGGGUCUUUGGAGAUAGAGAGUCAAGGCAGAUG